AUGUCAUCAUCAAGCCAAAUGAACGAUGUGGAAUGGGCGGAAGAGAGGCAGCGAAUCACCGAUUUUAUGAGCUACUAUCGCGAGGCCAAAGCCCACCUGUGGGAGCCGGCGCGUCGACAGAAGUACUGGAGAGCCAAGAAACUACCCAAAGUCGGAGCUUGGCCCGGUCACCGAUGGGUGAAUAAUGACUUAGUCAAUGCCAACCCCCAUCCCGUCGACUUCAGACGGAUCGAGAAUAUGCCGCAUGAUUGGAAAGGCUCGUCGCGGACCGCAAAGCUUGCCGACGAUGCUGUCAAAAAGGUCACCCCGGAGAUUGAGCCGUAUGGCCUCACGUUCAAGAAGCUGCUGGCCUGGGGCGGGCUGGGUGUCGCGGCUGUGUUCGAGCUGCAGGACAAGAAUGGCAAUGCCCGGCGGCAGGUUGUUGUCAAGGCCGAUCUCCACGCCGGUUACCCUCUCAUCCACAAGGAGAAGUCGUUCUUCGCGCAUCUCCUGCGGGCAAGACACAUCGCCCAAAUGGUACGGAUCCGCUUCAACAAGACCCAGGUGGCGGGCUCAAAGCGCAAGACGGAGCAGACCGACGCCAUGGAGGAGGAUGACAAAAGCUCGCCAAACAAGAGAAGGCGACUCUUAGCCGGAAAAAGGGAGCCGCCGGCUCCGAGGAAGCUCCUGAAGCUGAGUCCUUCUAGCAAGAAGGGAAAGGAGAAGACCGACAGCUCAUCACCAUCUUCUGAUGCUUCGGGCGGCGGGGCUUCGCUUCAGACGCGGGUCUUCAAGGUGCCGGAGAGCACUCCGGAUAGCUCUCCCCACACGACGCCCCACGGCAGCAAGGAUCUUAGCACCAGACAAGACGUCCUGGUCCUCGAGCUGGUGAGCCGAGGCAACCUCUACAAGUGGAUGUGCAAGAUGGGGUCGGAGAAGAAGGAUUUCUCCGACAAGGUGUUGUGGCGGUUCUUCGAAUGCCUCUUCAAGGGUGUCGUCGCAAUGGCUUAUCCCCCACGGCUCUAUCCCAAUUUUGAGGAGACAGGAGGGGAGGGUGGGCCCAUGGAAGACGAAAGACUGCCAAAGGAGAAGGAUAAACUCGGUCCUACUUUGGCCCAUUUCGAUCUGGACCCGAGCAAUAUUCUCGUUGGCAAUUUCAAUGUCGCCGGCGCACAUGGCAUGACUCCAAUCCUCAAGAUAACAGAUUUUGGCCUGUCCAGAUGGACCGACGAUAUCAAGCGUGACAAAGUACGGAUGUGGAGGUCGAGGAAGAUGGGGAAAUACAACAAUGGAUACCUGGCACCGGAGCAAUUCCAUGAAGAAUGGGACUGGGUCAACCUGUAUCCCGACGCGGAGAAGCCCAAGCCACGAAUCGCGGGGAAUUACAGCUGGAAGACAAACCUCUACCACAUCGGACUAAUCAUGUGGUCACUCAUCACGCACUGCAACCCCCCCAGGGCCCCCUACCCGAACGAGGUAAGCACGACGACCGUCGACUCGGCCGGCAAGAAAGAGACGAAGUGGACGUACGGCGCGGCGCUGCUGGCGGACACAUUCGCGCACGUCGACGCCGACCUGCGCGUCAUGGUCGUCAACGCCAUGAUGGAGGACCCGGCCGACCGCCCGGGCUUCGAGGAUGUGGCCCGCAUCAUCCGCGAGAAGAUCGACGGCGCGUGGCCGGGCGAGUCCGACGAGGACACGAGGAGGUGGGCGCGCGAGUUCUUCGAGACGCCCGGCGUGCCGGGGCCCGAGGAGCCGAGCGCCGUCGAGGUUAGGUUUGAGCAGGUUGUUGCGUCGCUGCAGAAGGCUUGGAUUUGA